CUCCUCAUCAUCCACGAAGACGCAGUGUGUGACCUGACGAAGGUCUCGACACAUGCGUUUGUAUCACAGGAUGAGAUGAUUGACCUGCACACCCAGCUGGACGAUGAAAUUGAGCUCAUCAGAGCAUCCUUGCUGCCGGCUGAGGAGUUGACCACCACCGAUCAAGAUGAUUGGCCUCGUGUCCUGACUAUCGACAGCAAGGACAGCAAGCUCUCUCUACAACUACGUAUUCAGCAGGAAUAUCCAAGUCCCUCGUCGCUACAAGUUGAGAUACGCGGCGACAUUGGCAAGGAUGAGGCUGAGGAAUGGAGGUCAUGGACAGCGGAGCGUCUAAAGGAUUGGCAAGCCGCAGACGAGUGAGUCCAGGGAUGGUGAGCGGGACUCAAUCAGUCUCUAGUUAUCCAGUCUAUCAGCUUCUUA